UGUAGCUCUUCCUGUAUCAUAACUUUCACUGUGAGUUAAACCUAUCUCUUCCGCGUUUGCACUUCACGGUGGCAGGCACACAGUUGGUUACAGCAGAAAGUUGUUUGCAAUACCACAAUGUCUGUUGCAAAUCUUGUAACUUUUUUGCUGAUCCUCUUGUCAAGUCAAGGGUGUCGGGGCGAAGAAGAAACAAAGAAUGUUAGUUGUGCAAGCCUCCGAACUGGAAAUACUUACAAAUACUGUGUAGAUGAGAAGGAGAAACCUAAAUGCGUGGAGUGGGAAUCAGUGGAUUCCAAUAAUACUUCUAUGUGGCUUGCGGAACUUUGCCAACACAAAAAGACUACAUCAGCACCCAAUGUGAUUGAUGUCAACUACUCCUGUAUCACCCUCCCAGAGUGUGUGAACGUAAACCAUAUUGCCAUAAGUGGUUUGACUAAUCAGGAGCAUUGGACCAAUAUCAUUGUGUCUGGUGCAUCAGAUGAGCCAAAGAAGCCUUUGGAGAAAUCGCCUGAGUGGCAGAAUAAAACUACAGAUAAUGUGAAGCAGGAUGCCGACCAGAAAAACCAAGACCAUAACAACACUCACCCAUGGCUCAUCCCAGUUGUAAUUGCUGUUCCCAUUAUAAUUUUGAUUAUGUUGCUCGGUGUUGGUUGGAUAGUGUACAAAAAGCCGAAGAAGGGGUUUCCAAGCCAGACCAAUAAUGAUAUUGAGAUGAACAAUAUGGGAACAGACAGCACUAACGACCAUACUGAUGACCUGCCUCCUGAUGCUGAGACUCUGGUUCAACCUCAGACGAAUGGACAGGUGCUCUCUGACCGCGACCAAGGAGAGGAAGGCGUACUAGGAGUGGAGGACGGAAAGCCGUCAGACAAUGACCAAGCAGACACUGAAUCCUGUCAGAAGACACAUGCUGAUUCCCCUCCACUGAAUGUACCCAAGGUUGUCAGGGAAUCACACCUGACCGAUGGGGCUCCAGGUCAGGGUGCUGGUGAGACUUCACCCCUCCUCUGCAGAAGCCCAGGAGAGGAAGGCGUGCUAGAAGGGGAGGACAGGAAGCCAGCAGACAGUGGGGGAACAGACCCUGAAUCCUGUCAGAAGACACAUGCUGAACCCCCUGACAUCAGGGUUAAUGACAAGACUAAGGAACCGACUCCUAAUGCACAGAGUCCAGGACCUCCUCAGAUGAAUGGACGACAUCCCAUGUCUAACAGAGUAGCAGAGGAGACCACUGGUCUAUUGGACAAACAGACCUUGGACAAGGACCAAGUCAGAAAACCUGAGUUAAUAGACAAAGGACAUAAUAACAUGGAGUCAAAAAGAGGAGAACUGUAACAAGCGGUGGACGUUUGUAUAACAAAAGAGAACCUAAUAAGAUAUGAUAAAAUACAGUAAUAUAUGAUAUACAGUACAUAUUAUAAGAUACACAUAUGUGACUAGCUUCAUCAUAAUCAGUCAUAUCAACCCCAAGACACAUUCUGAACAGUGUGCUUUACUGAACAGUGAUUUUCAGAAACCUCAACAGUUUGUUAAGUUAAUUCUCUAUGCGACAGCUGUAAUCUGGAUAGGUUAGGAAACAUAUUCUAGUGAAAUCAGUUGAAAUUCAAAAACAGCCCAAAACUUUUAGAUAACUUAUCUAAAUUAUUAUGAUCUAAAUUAUUAUGAUCUAAAUGUUUAAUUACUAUUAUCUGAAAAUGAGUGAGUGCGACUUAUAACUGAUUAUGAUACAACACGUCACAUAUUAGCUAUACAACAUUAUAUAUAAAAUGAUAUGAAAGUAUGGUAAGAUCAUACAGUACUUACUAGUAUGAUAUACUAUACAUACAAGCAAUUAUAUGUAACAUACACAUGAAAAGAUUAUUAAAACAUGAACCUCUCUGGUAUAGACAUUUCCAAGGUCAUGAGGUCUCAAUGUCUUAUGGACAUGUCAAAGAGCUAAACAUUGACUAGGUGUUAUUUAGAGUAGGCCUCAUUCUCACAGGGCCCAGUCUCAGAUGCUCUAUUUUACUGAAGCAAUUAUGCAUUAUUUCUGAAUUGAGAGUUAGCAUGUCAGUGUUAAAAAAGCUUGCAAAAUUUGUCCCAAUUCAGCAACAUUUUCACAGACAUUUAACACACACCUGUAAUUCUACUUUCAGUAAAGAAAGUUAAUGCUCCAUUUUAGACUCUAGAUGAUAUUACAUCAGACUUUAUUUAAACCACUAUUUUCAUAGGAAAUCAUGAUUGGUCAGUUCAAACAGGGAACACUUCAUAUGGAUGUUCUCUUUAUAAUGCAUUAAAGGUGCAUUAAUAACACCUUCUAUGCAUAAUGCAUCAUGAUGCACAACAUAGGUGCUAAUAGCUGCUCAUGAACAUCUAUAACUGCAUAAAGCAUUAUCACCAGGAUGUGUAAUGCCUUAUGAAGCAAAGUAUUACUAUGCCAGAUGCCAUAUUUGAAAAGCACAUUAGGAACAUUAUAUUAUACAUUCUGUGCUCAUUAAAUGGUAGGCUAUAUUCCAAUUGCACUGCACACCCUUUUUCACCUAUGUACUCUGUCUUGAAGGCAUAAAGGGAUAAUUCACCCAAAUUGCAAAAUUACAUAUUGUUGUUCUUACCCUGUAAGCAGUCUAUGGACAAGGUAAGAAAGCAAUCCAUGCUUUGGUUUUGUGUACUGUACUUGGUCACAGAAAAGCAAACGUUGUAGCAUUUGUGGCACAAAUCCAAGUCAAUAACCCUGAUAUAAGCAUUUUUCACAAAUCAUCCUAAAGUGUCUACAAUUGAUUGUGUAGCUCAAUGAAGUUAUUUUACGAUGAUUUGGACAUGAAGCUCGAAUAAAAUGCUAUAAAGGGGAUAUUGGCUUAACAUUACUUGACAUUGGAUUUGAUCUACAAAGUUAGCAUUUGAGGACAGUGGCCAGGUAAACAAAACCAAAGCAUGGAUUGCUCUCUGAGCUUCUCCAUGGACUGUUUACAGGGUAAGGAAACCAAAUGUAAUUUGUCAUUUGGGUGAACUAUACCCUUUAACGGGAGUGUGGAACUCCUGCUUGAAGUCGUUACAGUAUACCCCUUUUUCUAAAGAGCAUUACAGUUUACACAUUUCCUAAAGAGCAUUUCAUGUAUGUCUUAUCACUUAGCUUCAUAAUCAUAAGGCAUUAUGCUGCCUGCUUAUAAUGCUGUAGGAAUAUACAUACAUUUAUUAGCAGCCAUUAGAGCCUAUGUCAUGCAUUAUAAUGUAUAAUGCAUAGAUUAUAAGGUGUUAUAAAGGCACUUAUAACGCAUUAUGAAAAGGGUAUUCAUAGGAAGUGUUACCCACAAUUAUUGCGGAAGGAACUGUACCCCACGUCCCCACCUACUAGUGACAUUGUGCAAAAUACCAGACCUUUAGACAGUAAUUGUGUAGCUAUGUUGAUAUUUGUGUUCACCGUUUCAUUAGAAUGUUUAUCACGUUUAUCACAUUGAGAGUAUCUGUCAGGUCAAAUGACUUAGGCAAAUUACAUACCCACUUACUUUGAGACCUUAUAACCUUGGUGUCAGAAAAGGUUCAUUUUCUUCAUAUUUUGAUGAUGGUUAUUUUACUUACUUGUAAUGUAUUUGAUAUGUCAUGUCUGUGGAUUGGUCCCAUACAUGUAUGAAUGGCUUUCGCCUGAUGCUUUUUAUGGUUAGUUAACUUACACAUGUAUUUAGUUUGAUUUCCUUAUUACAUUUUCAUUACCAAUUUAUGGUACUAUGCAUUUUGACUGUUGGAUUGACAGUCUGCUCAUACAUUGCUUAUAAUCAACCAAUACAAGUGAGCGAGUUACUUAAGACUAUUGUUUAAUGAACGACUCAGGUCUGAUGUAUGCAAUUGUCCCUCAUAAUCUCUUGUAUUAUUUGAAACAAACCUUCUGCAUGUAUUUGUAUGAAGGAACCUCCACAUUAUUGUCAUUGUCAUAUAUACAUAUAUACUAUAGCCUGCAAAUUUAGGAAGGCUAUUCUGCAGAAUUUUGUGUUUUAUAUAAUAGAAAUGUAGAACCUAAGAUUACUUCUUAAUAUUAUAAUAUGCGUUUCAUUCCUUUUAUCAUUAAAAUAUUCCUUUCCA